CGAUUCCGGUGUCCCUCCCCCCCCAAUACAGCCAUGGCCGCCGCCGUCGCUGCUGCAGGUCCUGGUGCUCCCCUGCCCCCUGACGAAUUGCUUCCUAAAGGCGAUGCGGAGAAGACUGAGGAGGAGCUGGAAGAGGAAGACGACGACGAGCCAGAUGAGACCCUGUCGGAGAGACUCUGGGGGCUGACGGAGAUGUUUCCGGAGAGGAUCCGGUCCGCGGCCGGAGCCACUUUUGAUCUCUCCCUCUUUGUGGCUCAAAAAAUGUACAGGUUUUCCAGGGCAGCCUUGUGGAUUGGGACAACUUCCUUCAUGAUCCUGGUUCUCCCUGUCGUCUUUGAGACUGAGAAGUUGCAAAUGGAGCAACAGCAGCAACUGCAGCAGCGGCAGAUUCUUCUAGGGCCUAACACAGGGCUGUCAGGAGGAAUGCCAGGGGCACUACCUUCACUUCCUGGAAAGAUCUAGUUUGUUACUGCUAUAUUUGACCUGUCUUGGUGGGAGAAGUUUGAAAAUUCAAUAGUGUUUGAACUGCUUUUUUUUUUUUUAACUUUGGCACAUUGAGCUACUUAAACCUGGUUGGGAGAAUCUUCACCACAUUGUCUCAUGGAGAGAUUCCCAACUUGCAACUGUGCCCUCCACGCUGUCCUGACUUACUACUUCUGUCCUCACUCUGAUACCGGAGUGCAGCAGUACAGAUGGUUACUCCAACUCUGGCCAUCCCACUUCUUUCACUAAAUUACUCCUGACUGGAAGAUCUCAGUGUCUCACUGUGGAGUAGGAACUGGUGCCAUUGGGAAGGAUGUACCCCUGACCAUUAACAACAGUUUUGUUUUGAUGUGCACACUAUACGAAAUACAGAAUGCAUUACAGCUGUAGUGUAAAAGUAGCCACUGUGAAUUUCUAUGUAUGUUGGAAAAGAGAGAGGUCGGCAGCAGCUUCAGCCACAGGAUGGGGACUGUGGAGGGCAGAGCAGGAGCUCACUUCCUCUGCACAUUUUAGCUAUUAGACCUGUGUGUGUGUCUAAAAGAGGAAAAAGUCAGUGCCCACUUUUGUAAUUAAACAUUAAAAAUUAUUCCAGCCAAAA